AUGUUUUUAUCCCCCGAGAGAUUAUAAAAUUAUUUUGUAAGAAUGAAAUAAGCAGAAGAGGAAUAAAAUGAUUUUUUGAGUUAGUGGAAUAUAAGGCUAACAAUCUAAUUGAAUUAAGAAGAGUCGAUCUUAGUGCUACAUUUAGAACAUAAAAACCUUUAAAUGAUGAUACUACUUAUGGAGGAAAUGAAAUUGAAAUAUUACUACAACAAAUAGUGA